UAUUUUUUUAGUAUUUACAGUGUCGUCUGAAGAGCAUGCAGGGAGUCUGAUUAAAAUUGUGUGAUGAUGAAAGGGUGGGGAUCCUCAUUGGACUGACCGAGUCAGAGUCUAACGUAUUUAUCGCAUUCAAGAGUCAGUAUUCUGAGAGUAAAGGGGUUCGAGAAAAGACGAUUAGAAAACUCAACAUUACUGUGACAAAUUUUUUUUUUAAAAAAAAGUGCCCAAAAAAAUUUAAAUUAAAUUUAAACAAACGAGAAAAAAAAAUUAGGAGUUUUACUCCUGAAUAUAUUAGUCAUGGAAAAUAAUCAAAAAUUUAUAUUUUCAAUUUUGGCAUUAUUUUUUUUACCAACUGUAAUAUCAUUGUCAAAAGAAAAUUUGUAUCCUUAUACUGGUCCAGGAAGUCAAUAUCUACAAACUGAUUCAAAUGGACAAUUUGUAUCAAUUGAAGUUCAAUUAAAAACUCCAAUUUCAUUUUAUGAUAAAAUUUACAACAACAUAUUUGUAAAUGGAAAUGGUGUUUUAUCAUUUAUACGUUCAAUGCAAAGAUUUUUUAAUAUUGCAUUUCCACUUGAUGAUCCAGUUAUUGCACCAUUAUAUACACAUGUUGAUGCAAAAGGUUCAGGUACUGUUUUUUACAGUGAAACAAAUGAUCCAGAAAUUAUAUCACGUGCUAGAGGAAUGAUACGUAAUUCUUAUAAAAAUAUUACUGAUUUUAUACCAAGCCAUGUUUUUAUUGUAACAUGGCUAGAUGUUGGAUAUUUUGAUGCCAAAAAUGACAAGGUCAAUACAUAUCAAGUGGCUAUAUCUUCUAAUGGUACUCAUUCGUUUGUUGAGUUUUUAUAUCCUAAUGGUGGUAUUCAAUGGAUCCAGGGUGAAUCACAUCCAAAUGGACUUCCAGAUGCCAAAGCACAAGUUGGAUUUAUGAGUGAAGGAAAAAUGUACACAUUGAAAGGAUCAGGAACUGAUCAAAUUCAAAAUAUUGACAAAUGGUCAAAUAUAAAUAGACCUGGUCAAUGGGUUUUUAAAGUAGGUCCAAUUCUUGAGGGUGGAAAUAUAAAACCUCCAAAAAAUAAUGACAUGGGUAAUGAUUUAUUUUCAGAUGAAAAAAAAAAUGAUGAAACAUGUACAACUGGAGCAACAACUUGUCACAGUAAAGCAAUUUGUGUUAAUUAUGAUAAUGGUUAUUGUUGUCAAUGUAAACAAGGAUAUUUUGGAAAUGGAAAAUCAUGUCAACCAAAUGAUUUACCAAUUCGUGUUAUUGGACGAGUAUCUGGAAAAAUAAAUGGCGAAGAAUUUCCAUCGAAAGAUCUACAGUGUUAUGUACAAACUAAAGACGGUAGAACUUAUACUGCAAUAUCAAGAGUACCAGAAAGUAUUGGUCAAGAUUUUCAAUUAUUGAGUACUUUGGGUGGUGUUAUUGGCUGGCUAUUUGCCAAGCCAAUUGGCAAUACUAAAAAUGGAUAUCAAUUAACAGGAGGAUUAUUCAACCACACUGCUGAGCUUGUAUUUGGUAAUACAGGUGGUAGAGUUACAAUAAAAAGUACAUACCUUGGUCUUGAUGUUUUUGGUCAAUUAAAAAUGAAUGCUGAUAUUCAGGGUAAUUUACCACGUUUACCAACUGAUGCAAAAAUUGAUUAUGGUGAUCAUGAUGAAAUUUAUACAUAUAGUCAACGUGGAAAUAUAAGAUCACAUAGUAAUAGAAAAUAUAAAUUAAAUAAUGAAGCAACUGAACAUUCAUUUACUGUUGAUCAAACAAUUAUUUAUCAAGAUUGUAUUAAUGAUAAUACAAUUAAUCAAGAUAAUACAACAAAACUUAAAUAUUCACGUGGUUUAACAACAUAUGAAACACGUGAUGGUAUAAUACGUUUUGCAAUGAAUACUAAAAUGGCACCACUUGAAGAAAUUGAUCCUUGUAUUCAAGGUAGUGCAACAUGCAUGGAACACAGUUCUUGUAUUGUUGAUGGUGAUGAUUUUAGAUGUAUUUGCAAUCCUGGAUAUCAAGAGUUAUAUGAAGAGGAUGGAAGUUUAAAUUGCAUUGAUAUUGAUGAGUGUACUGCUGGUUAUCAUGUCUGUUCUCAAGAUGCUCAAUGUAUCAAUAAUGAGGGUGGUCAUACAUGUCAAUGUCUACCUGGCUUUACUGGAGAUGGAAGAGUUUGUGAACCAUUUGGAACUUGUGAAGAAACACGUUGCAGAGAAUAUGAACAAUGUAUUAUGGUAAAUGAUCAACCAACGUGUACAUGUUUACCAGGUUUCGUUAAUACAGAGAGUGGUUGUUAUGCUGUUGAAGAGAAUUGCAAUGUUGCUAAUAUUUGUUCACCAAAUGGAAAUUGUACAUUCGAUCAAAGUCGACGUAAUUACAUUUGCAUUUGUUCACCAGGAUUCAUUGGUGAUGGAUAUACUUGUUAUCCAAAAGAAAUUAAAAGAAACACAACUAUUACAACUGUUACUUCUGCUACAACUGCUACUACUGCUGCUCCUACUGCUACUACUGAAGUAGCCCCAGAGCCAACAUGUAUCAUGGGUGUUUGUUGGUGUCCAGGUAAAUGGAAACAUCGAGAUAGCAAAUGUGUACAAACAGACAAAGAAAUUGCAACACCAACAACGACAACAACGACAACGAAAUCUCCAAACAAUGACAUAUCUUGCAAUGUGGUUAACACAUGUCAUCCAUACGCUCAAUGUGUAUUUAUCAGAGAUACUGAUAAUUACGAGUGUCAAUGCAGCAAAGGCUAUGAAGGAGAUGGUCUUGAAUGUGCAAAAAAAGAUGUUUCCUGUUUGGAAGCUAAUACUUGUGAUCCAAAUGCAUCUUGUCAUCCUGAUGGAUCAAUCACCAGGUGUGUUUGCAAUCCAGGAUACGAAGGAGAUGGCAUAACAUGCAGUCCAAUUGAUGAAUGCAGUGAUGAUUCCGAGUGUGAUACAAAUGGAAGAUGUUUUUACAAUCCAACAAAAUCAAGAUAUGAGUGUUCUUGCAAGCCUAAAUAUACCAUGAUCCAAGGACACUGUAUGCCAAUAGCUGAUUGUUCAAAAAAUCCAUCUCAAUGCCAUGCCAAUGCUCAAUGUAUAACAACAAGUGGUGAUGGUGGCCAUAAAUGUGUUUGUAUGAAUGGUCUUCUUGGCGAUGGAAUUAAUCAGUGUGUUGAAGCAACAGCUGGAUGUAAUAUUGCUAAUAAUUGUGGAUCAAAUUCUCGUUGUGAAUAUAAUCAUACGACAACUAAAUAUGGAUGUAUUUGUGCAGACGGAUAUUAUGGUGAUGGAUUUACUUGUACAGCAAAAAUUUCAUGUCGACAAAAUCCUGGUCUUUGUUCACGUGAUGCAACAUGUACAAAAAUAAAUGAUAACCAUUAUUCAUGUGUAUGUAAUUUUGGUUUUAUUGGUGAUGGUGUACAGUGUAGAACAAAACCAAAACAUCUAUCAAAUUUUUUACUUGUUAAUCAAGGAAUGGCAACAUUGAGAAUACCAUUUUUUCCAACUAUAGCUAAUCCAGGAAUGCCAAUUAAUUUAGCAUAUUCACAAAUGACAAUUGCUAUUGACAUUGACUGUGCUAAUGGUAAAACAUAUUCAAGUGAUAUAACUGGUUCAAGAAUAACAAAAAUGUCAUACAAUGGUUCUGAUGCAGAAACAUUUAUAACAAAUGUUGGUAGUCCAGAAGGUAUAUCUGUUGAUUGGGUAUCUAGAAAUAUAUUUUGGGUUGAUCCAUCAAGAUCAACAAUUGAAGUUGCCAAUUUAGAAACUAAAAAAAGAAAAGUUUUAAUAUCUGAUGGACUUACAAAUCCUCGGGGUAUUGCAGUUCAUCCAUAUAGAGGAAAAAUAUUUUGGUCUGAUUGGAAUCGUGCAAAUCCAAGAUUAGAAUGGGCAAAUGAAGAUGGCUCAGGACGAGAAAUAUUUCUCAGAGGUGCAAGUGUAAAAUUACCAAAUUCUCUUGCUAUUGACUGGGCAAGUGAUGAGCUAUGUUGGGCUGAUGCUGGAACAUUUACAAUAAGUUGUACUCCAAUUGAUCAUAAAAACGUUCAUGUAAUUGCUAAAGAAUUGUCUUAUCCAUUUGGGCUAGCAAUUUCAUCGGAUAAUUACUACUGGACUGAUUGGAAAUCUAAAAAUAUCGAAGUUAUGGCUAAAAGUAGCGGUAAACGUUUGAAAGAAUUAACAAUUCCACCUGGUGGUAGCGGCAAAUUAUACGGUAUUGUUGCGGUACCAGAACAAUGUCCAAGAUUAUCAAACGUUUGUCAAUACGAUAAUGGACGAUGCCACAAAGAUCAACUUUGUUUACCGGAUGGUCAAGGUGGUCGAACUUGCGCAUGUCCAGAUAACAACCCUGGGCCUUGCACAGAAUCACGUAAUUCGUCGUAAAAAAUAAGCAUUUAAAUAACAACAAAUUUAAAAAAAAUACAACUAUAAUCAUUUAUUUACUAAAAAUAUAUAUCAAAAGAUUUUUCUAAUUAUAAUUUUUUUGUACAAAAAAAAAUGAAGAAAACAAAAAAAAAAAAAAAAACAAGGAGAAGCUAUUAGAAAAUUUUAAUUUAUCAAUAGUUUUAUAUUAUUGUAUUAAUAUUAAUUUUCUACUGACAUUAUUGAUUUAAAAAUUUCUUUAUUGCAAAUGUUUUUUUUUUUUUUAACUUGAAUAUUCAAAUAUAAUAAAAUAAUUAUUUAAAAUUGAAUUUUAAUUUUAAUUUAUUUUAAUUUAAUUUUAAUUUAAUUUCCAUAGUUUACAAUUACGUGAAAUAAUUUUUCUUGUGGAAAUGAUUCUCCGCCGUUUCUCCAAUUAUUUCCAUCGAAAUUUCAUUAUCAUUUUUUUAAUUUUAUGUUUCAUUUGAUCCAGAGAAAUAACCUUG